UUGAGAACAUUUUUGUUACUUUUGUAAUUAUUCAAAAAUCAAGUACCCGUUCUACAGUAAAAUGUACGGUUGAAAAACUGUAGCAAAAUCGAUAAGAAUUGUAAACAGAAAGUAAUGUAGCAAAUUAAUUAUUUGUAGUCAAGUUAGAGAUUGUUUUUUUGUUUGGAGUUGUGUGCGGGCCAACGUGAUGACGUCACACACGCGACGUCAGUCGGUGGGCUGUGCAGGAAUGUGCGCAAACUUUUCUUCCUUCUCCUUCGUCGUCGUCGUGUGAAAGUUGUCCGAAAGCCAGCGGCUCGCUCGACAAAUUCGUCGCCGAAGAGCGGGAGGCCGAAAUCAAAAAAGUCAGCAUGGCCGCUCCCUCCGUGUUCUCGAUGGAGACGUUUCCGCUGAUGGACGACGACGUCCGCAGUUCGGCGGCCCCGCAGCUGGUCAUGCUGGCCAACGUGGCGGCCGUGGCGGCCGUAGACGGCGGCGGCGCCCUGGCGGAAGGGAGCGUGGCUGACGACAAGGAGAUGAUGGAGCUCAAGACGGUGCCGUGCGGGUACUCGGAUAGCGAGGAUGAGAGCGUCGUCAGGUACGGUUACGACAACCGCGACGUCUGCGUCAAUUACGCUGAGGCCCCGGGGCUCGACGCCACGCGAGGACAGAACGGCGGACGGGAAGACGAUGGCGAAUUCCCGCCGGCGAAAUCGAGCGGCCCCGUCCCGCCCCCGCACAAAGACGCACCUGCGGCGCCCGCCGUCCCCGCCCCGCCACCGCACAAAGACGCACCUCCGGCGCCUGCUGUCCCCGCGGAGGGGCCGAAGAAGAAGAAGCCCUUUCAUUGCAAACCGUGCCACUUUCAGGCUCACGACGAGAAAGGAUUCGUAGACCACCUGCGGACGCACGCAGUCAGCAAGAUGGCGGUGGUGAAUCGCGUGGAGGGGCGCAGCAGACUGAAGGCCAAAGAGGCCCAGACGGCCCCGGACGGCCGCGGCGAGGAUGCGACGGCGACGGCGGGGGACGCCAAAGGCCUGAUCCGGUGCGAGCGCUGCGGUUAUAACACCAACCGCUACGACCACUACGUGGCACACCUCAAGCACCACAGCAAGGACGGGCAGGACCACAGAGUGUUCAAGUGCACGUUGUGCGCGUACAGCACGGUCAGUCAGUACCACUGGCGCAAGCACCUGCGAAAUCACUUUCCCAGCAAACUGCACACGUGCACUCAGUGCUCCUACUUUUCCGACCGCAAGAGCAACUACAUCCAGCACAUCCGGACGCAUACUGGUGUGCGUCCGUUCCAGUGUCCGUACUGCGACUACUCCAGCUCUCAGAAGACCCACCUGACCAGACACAUGCGGACACACUCCGGCGAGCGACCUUUCAAGUGCGAGAGCUGCAACUACCUGGCAGCAAAUCAGCACGAGGUGACCCGCCACGCCCGCCAGGUCCACAACGGUCCCAAACCGCUGGCGUGCCCCUACUGUGAGUACAAGACGGCCGACCGCAGCAACUUCAAGAAGCACGUCGAGCUCCACCUCAACCCUCGCCAGUUCCUCUGCCCACUGUGCAAGUACGCCGCGUCCAAGAAGUGCAACCUGCAGUACCACAUCAAAUCGCGACACUCGGGCUGCAAUGUCACCGUAGACGUCUCCAAGGUCAAAUUGAGGGUCAAAAAACCCGAGGAGCCUUCCAAAACAAAUCUGUCCGGCGGGGAGGAGGACUGUGAUGGCGAGGAGGCAGACAAGGAGCCGGUUCCUCGAGACAAACCGUCUGGACCAAUUAAGGAGCCCAUUCCUCGCGACAAACCGUCUGGUCCCAUUAAUCUGUCCGUCAGAAAGAGCGGAAAACCGCGGCAGAGUGAAGACGAGCCAGAAGUGAGUCCCGGGGAAUCCAAUGGUUCUGCGGUGAAAGUGGAGCAGGAGAAAACUAUCACGACAAGACAAAAGAAGUCGAAGGAGAACCAGGAAGACGUGGUCAGAGUCGUGAAGGCCAAGAGAAGAGUCAAGAAGACAAUGACCGAUAAACCGUCUGACUUGGAAGCAACAAAGGACAAGAGGGAGAAGUUGGAAGUGGAAGGAACGGCGGGGCAGCACGCUGGAAAUGAAAGGGGCAAGCCGAGGAGGUCCGGCAGCAAGAAGUCUGAACAAGAAGACCCUACUCCACAAGGUCUUCAGAAGGACGCCAAAAAGAGGAAAGCGGUACAAGCGCUCAACAUUUCGGGCGCACCCACCUCCAAGGUCCGGCGGCUCCGAACCAGCAACAAGUCCAAUCCCACUUCAAAAUACAAGCACGGUUCCAAUGUACCGCCCUCGUCCAGCUUGCCUACCAAAAGGGCCAGGAGAUCCACCAGAAAGCCUUUGGCAGAUCAGCCAGAGAGCCAGCCCGGCGUUCCGGAUGUGCCAGAGAGCUCCACGCGCCCAGUUGAGUCGACCGCCGCGCCGGUAAAGGCCACGAAGCCCUUCGUCAGGACAGAAGAAAGUCCCGCAGACGGGGCUGCUGACGCAACCCCUGCACCGCCCACUCCGGCUAAAGCCUCCCCCCUGCCGCCGGAGUCCCUUCCAGGGAGUUCCUGCAAAGCAUUGGACCUCGAGGACGACGAAGGUGUCCACAGCAGCCACGAAGGAGGCGGCGACUGCGGCAACGUCAGCGACAACAGCGACGGUGCCUCCGAAGGCAGCGACGACUCGGGACUCAACGGAAAUGGCGCUGAAAAAAUGGCCACUGACCCAGAGACGCCCACCCAUGAAAUUCCCACGCCGACCGAGCUCAAAAGUCACGUGUGCAUCUUCUGUGACCGACAUUUCCCCGUGGAGGCAGAAUACCGUCGCCACCUCAAUCGCCAUCUUGUCAACGUGUACUACAUGGACGCAACGCCGACGGGCAACUGAACCCUUGCCGAACACUGAGCGGUCCUCUGCGACGUCCCUCUGAAGCCAAAGCACAAACACCCAUUUGAAAAAUACGGGCAGCAGGCGGCGUCCGCGGGCAAGCAGGUCGACGAAAACCUCCAAAAUAGAUUUUCUUGAUCACAUUCAGCUCACUAAACAUUUCACCUUGUUGUGCAUUUUUUUUUUUUUUUUUUUUUUUUUUUUACUUUGUGUCAACCUCAUCAGCUGUUGGCAGCCACUUGAUCAAUGUUAAAUUGAUUCUAAAAGGUUCAAUUCUCAUUAAAUCCGACGUGAAAAAGUGAGUGCCCGGAGUUGUGUGGACAU